AUGACACAAACAGAAUACAAACGAAGACACGACGAAGUUGGCAAAACUAUCCACCAAAAGCUUGCUCUUAAGUACGGCCUAAUUGGAGAAAAAAGAAGGUACUACCAAUAUCAACCUGAAACCGUCCUAGAGAACACAAAAUACGAAGUUUACUGGGACAGAAGCAUUCUCACAGACAAGAGCCUAGGUCAUAAUAGACCAGAUAUCACCAUAUGGAAAAAAAAGGAAGGGGAGGUCCUGCUCAUCGACAUAGCGGUGACUAAUGACACAAACAUGGGGAAAACCUUUGCAGAGAAGAUCAAUAAAUAUAUCGACCUUAACUAUGAAUUAAAAGACCUAUGGAGAGUAGACAGGGUCAAAAUGAUCCCGAUAGUCUUAUCCAAUAUGGGAACUAUACCACGAAACCUAUUUAAAUCCGUGGAAGAGCUAGAUCUGGAACCUUAUAUCCACCAACAGAUGCAGAAAGCAGUAAUACUGAACACAUGCCAUAUAGCACAAAGAUUUUUGUACUCAGAAUAA